AUGCACAUUUCUGCUGAGGUCAGUUCGACCACCUCAAAUCAAAUACAGCAGCAACAUCAGACGCAGCAGCAGCAGCAACAGCAGCAGCAGCAGCAACAGCAGCAGCAGCAGCAGCAACAUCAGCAAACAACAACGACCGCAACGAAGCGACGCAAUGCUGAGUCCUUAUCAUCCUCCUCUUCCAACAACAACAACAACACCAGCACCACCAAUAACAACACUAGCAACAAUAACAAUAACAACAACAGCACUACGAUCAACAACAAUAACAAUACGAAUAAUAAUAACAAUGUUAAAACAAAGCCCGUGGACACAAGUCCCUAUCUGACACCAGAGAAUCUCAUCGAACGCACCGUCGAUGUCCUGCUUGCCGAACAUCCUGGCGAGCUGGUCAAGACGGGAUCACCACAUGUGGUCUGCACCACCUUGCCCACCCAUUGGCGUUCCAACAAGACCCUUCCCAUCGCCUUCAAGGUCCUGGCCUUGGGCGAGGUCAUGGAUGGCACCAUAGUUACCAUUCGGGCCGGAAAUGAUGAGAACUUCUGCGGUGAAUUAAGAAACUGUACGGCCGUAAUGAAGAACCAAGUGGCCAAAUUCAAUGAUCUGCGAUUUGUGGGUAGAAGUGGAAGGGGCAAGAGCUUUACUCUUACGAUUGUCAUCUCAACGAAUCCCAUCCAGAUUGCGACAUACACGAAGGCCAUCAAGGUGACCGUGGAUGGACCAAGGGAACCCCGGUCGAAGGUUCGCCAUCAGGGCUUCCAUCCGUUCGCAUUUGGGCCACAACGCUUUGGACCGGAUCCACUUAUGGCCGGAUUGCCCUUCAAGUUGCCAGGAUUCGCUCAUCACCUGGUGGGUAUGCACAGUCACCUGCAUGCUCCCGAUUGGCGUGCCCACAUGGCCUUGGGCGGUCGUCCUGCGGCCUUUCCAGCUGCUCCUUUCUUUGGACAUCAUGCGGCGGCAGCCUUUCCCACGGCGAGCACUUUGAGGGGAUUGAGUGAUAACCAGCAGCAACAGCAACAACAGCAGCAGCAGCAUCAGCAACUGGCGCACAGCACCACCAGUCCGGAGGGAUCACCGACCACCACAACCACCAGUGGCACACAGCUGAGCGCCUUCGUGCAGCCCCCAUUAACCUCAUCGCCGCCGCCGCCCCUGACUUUGUUGCAGCAGGACAAUAACAACAACAGCAACAUUGAUGCAGGAUUCGAAAGCGAUAGUAUUUCUGUGACAGGAUCACCGCGCAAGAGUCAGCAAGGAUCACCGCUCACUCACGACGAAGAGGAAGCGGAAGCGGAUGCAGACGCUGAGGCGGAAGCGGAAACGGAAGCGGCUGCGAAUAGAGUCGGUGGCAGUGGUGUUCCCUCAUCGGGAUCUUUGGGUGAAAGUUCCCCAGGAUCGGGUGGCGCCUUCACCGCACUCAUUCAACGCAGUAAAAAUCCCACGGAACUGUUCGGUGGCUUUGGAGCAGCCACCGGUGGCCAUUUUGCACCCAGUCACAGCUUCAAUCCCGCCCUGGCCGCUCAGCUCUUCCUCCAGAGUCCCCUGUUGCCGCAGUCGAGUCAGUGGCUCUACAGUCAACUCUAUGGCAACUACAGUGAUCUCCCCUGGUUGAGGAAUGCUGCGGCGGCGGCUGCAGCGAAUGUGGCACCGGAACGUGGACAGGAUGCAGGUACCUUACCCACGGCGGCGGGUCUAAGCAAUCCGGAUCACGAUGGCGUCAAUCUGAUCAAACGAUGUGUGACCCUGAUUACGCACAAUCCACCGGAUGCAGAGAAUGCCAAUCCGAAUGCCUCGCCACCGGUUAGCUCCACACGAAGAUCACCGUCGCCGGUGGAGACCAUCGAUUUGGAUGAUGUGAGCACCACUUCGCGCUCGGCCAGUGGCUCUUCGGGUGGCGGACUUGGCCUUGGCACCCUGGGUGUUAGUGUGGGUGGUGCUGUGGGUGUGGGUGUGGGUUUGGGAGGUGGUCCCAUUAGGACACGGACCCCCAAACCAACGGGGGAUGUGUGGCGUCCCUACUAG